AUGCCGGCCAGGAGGAACAGCAUCCCAUACUCUUCGACGGGAAUCCCCGUCUACGAGGCUCUGUCUGAUGUGCAGGAGGACCUUAGGCUGAUCCUGUACGACGUCCGAGGGAACACUCACGGCAUCGCCGUGGAUAAUCCUCGACUACAGGAAGCUCUUCGUAAGGCGUCGAAGCUGCAUGGUCCCAUCCUCAGCAAUCCGCUGCCGUCACCGUCGCAGGUGUGCUUUUUGCGCCCUACGACACGCCGUUGUUCGUUUGUCUUCGUUACAGUUGGAGCCCUGUCGUGCACACCAGGAACUAACGGAUUCAAUGUCAAUGCGAGUUCCUUUCCGAUACGUUUGGCGCAAACGGAAAAGGAACUACUAGACAAGGAACUUAGCAAAGACUACUUCACGGCAGCUCUUCUUCGCGGGGUACAGCCCGUAGAUGGGUUAGGCGCCGGGACGCCCUUCAUCACCGCGGGUGACGGCAACCGCCUGUUUCUAUUCGCAAAAAAACCCCGCGGGAUGAGGAACGAGAUUGAAUCCUUGGCGGUGAAGCUACGACCGAGGGUAACCCUCGAGGGGAUGCGGCACAUGGAGGCAUACCUCCCUUGUCAAGAGGAGUUCUUCAUGUGUCGAUCCAACUACGGGGAUGAAGUGCGAGAAGGACUGCCUAACUAAGCUGGGGUGGACCAUCGAGGCAGACGCGCACAACAAGCAUCGAGUGGGGUCUCGUAAUUGUGCCCGGCUGAUGUUCGUUGCGCAGCUCAAGCACGUUGCCGGGAAUUGUAACUGGCUGCAGCAGUUCGCCUUCCCGUUGCUGGCGACUGUCAUCCAGGCGCCCUUCCGAGGUUUCCGUCGACCACGACAAGCACAAGCUUGGCGAAAAGGGUGGAAGCCAACAAAGUGGGGGUGGUGGAGAUGGCACUGGACAUGGACAAGACACCAUGGACCACGAGAAGGGUAGGAACGGUGGAACAUGCGGCCCAGAGAAGCCGCGUUGGAGGAACCGACAAGAAUGGCGACGACGUGUCCGAGGGGGGCAAACGGCAGGCGACAAAGGACGGGCUUUCAACGGGUGCGCCGGCAGGGGACUGCGGCGGGGCAACGGAUAUGGAAAUCUGUCAACUACGAAGGAAAUCUCAUGGGUUUCAGCGACUCGCACUCGCUCGAGAGG